AUGUUCUUUCCUGGCCAAAACGGAAUUAUUUUUUCAUUAAGGGCUAUUUUGGGAACUGGCUCUUUUGUGAUAUACUAUUUUGGAUUUUAUUAUCUUCCUAUUGGCGACGCUUCAUUAAUUUUCUUCAUUCAACCAAUCUAUACUAGUUUACUUGCUUGUUUUUUUCUUCGUGAGAAUUGUGGACCAUUUGAAAUUUCAACUGUUCUGGUUGAUAUCCUCGGAGUUGCUCUUGUGGCGUCUCCGUCUUUCCUGUUUUCUACGCAAGGAUUCUCUCAUGACCACGUCGUUGGAUGUUUAUGUGCCAUCGGUGCUGCUGCCGGAGAAGCUACUGUACGUGUGGGGAUGUGGCGACUACAGGAUGUGCCCAAAACCGUCGUAAUAUUUUGGUGGUCCGUUUGUGCUUCAUUGAUUACCUUGCUGGGUACGUGGAGCUUAGGAGUCCGGCAAAGCCCAGAAAACUGGCAAAAAACUUUAUACAUUUUACUAAUUGGCGGCGUGGGGCUGCUGAGCCAGGCAGCGCUUACAACUGCGUUGUACAUCGAAGAAGCAGGAAGAGUUUCUAUUGCAAGUACUUCUGAAAUUAUAGUUGCCUACGUUUUGCAAGUAACUGUGCUAGGAGAAGCUCCUACAGUCACUAGUAUAAUAGGAGCUCUUCUUGUCAUCACAGGUAUAAUCCUUGCAGGUAUCAAACAGCUACAAUGUACUGAAGUCCUGAAAAAUCGUCUUCAUGGAUAUACAUCUUUGAUACAGGCAAAAUUAUGA